CAUAAGUAAGUAAUAAGUUGAAUUAGAACACACAACAAUGCCCAGUAGUUGCUGCUGUGUACCUGGAUGUCAUGAAAGAUGCGGGCAUCAGUUCCCGACCGAAAAAUCUAGGAGAGACAAGUGGAUUAUAGCAAUUAAACGCUUGGACGAACAUACGAGAAAGUUAUGGGAGCCUUCCAAGUCUGCCGUUGUAUGCAAACGGCAUUUUAAACCUGACGAUUACGUGACAGAAACAAUACAAGGACAGAAACCAUUACAUGGAAGACUAAAGAGCUCUUCAGUCCCUAGUAUUUUCUGCUGGACAAAGUCAUCGGCGGCAUCAACUUCAAGAUCUUCUCGAGUAGAAGGUCGGGUGCAGAAAAAGAGAAAAUUUGAGGAAGCUUGCCAUGAUGACCUUGAGGACAGCAUUAAUGAAUCAAAUGUAGACUUUGUUGAAGAGAUUGUGUCAGCUGAUGAGUCAACAAGCAAUGAUACUAACAUUACAUCAUAUAGUCCAGAAUUUAGAGAAAUGCAGACACAAACACAAUCACAACCAUUAUUUUCAGUAGAUCAUUUUGAAAAAGAUGAUGCUGCCAUUCACUUUUAUACAGGUCUAGAAACAUAUAGUAAAUUUAUGUAUGUACUUCAUUCACUUGGACCUGCUGCAUAUUGUCUUAAUUAUAUUUUUUUUCGAGUGCAAGGAGUGUCGAUUCCAGAUCAAUUUUUUAUGACUUUAAUGAAAUUAAGAAGGUACACUACAAACUUUGAACUUUCUAGAUUUUUCAAUGUAUCUGAGAGCACUGUAAAAAAUAUUGUUUAUACUUGGAUUAUAUUCAUGUCAAAGCAAUGGCAAGAGGUGUCCAUAUGGCCGCCUCAAUCCCUUGUCAGAUAUUUUUCACCUUCAGAUUUUAAAGCUAAAUUUCCUAAGACUAGAGCAAUUUUAGAUGUAACUGAGUUUCCUAUUAAAAAACCAAGUUCACCGAGAGCACAACAAGCCACAUUUUCAACCUAUAAAAACAGAAACAUGAUGAAAGCUUUGAUAGGUUGUACACCAGGGGGUCUCAUAAGUUUUAUUAGUCCAGCAUAUAGUGGUUCAACCAGUGACAGACAAAUUGUAGAAAGAAGUAGUUUGAAAAAUCUGUGUGAUCAAGUACCAAAGUCCUGUCAAGAUCUUUUCAAUUGUUCGGGAACGAUGACGGAUGGAGAAUAUUGGAUUUAUCCCAAAGCAACAAAUGGACAAAGAGUAAAAAUCUAUUGUCACAACAUGGGAACUGGCGCGUCUGAGUACAUAACUCUAAUGAAUUCAAAUUAUUUUAUCCAGCACGAUCCCACGAACUGGCCAAUUAAGUUUCAGCAAUGCCAAUCAAAUUACCUUCUUCCCCUUAAAAAAGUGGAUUUUAUGAAAGUCGGAAUUCAAAUUCAGAAUAUGGAAAUCAACGGUAACGAUUACAACUUUACCUUGUUGACUGGUUCCCCCACGAUAUCAUAUGGGGAGACUAUGGAUUGUAAUGGCGAAAGUUUUCAAGACCCCUGUCCUCGUUUCUCACAGGCCGUCAUCAACACCACAGGGACGGGGCUGAUUGUGGAUCCUACUUUGACAUGGGGAGCAAUACACGGAUGGUCUCCAGAAAUACGAAACCUUCAGCGAUCUCAAGACAAUGCCCAGAUAACGUUUCACUGUGCAGGAUGGUGUGGUAGAUGUGGCCCCGUCUCCCAGUCGAUACGUUUUCAACAAUCUGACGAAUUUAUUUCAGGUGCAGAUGCCCAGGCUUUAAUUUGUAAUGCUUGA